AUGGUCACAGCCUGCGUGCUCGGCGGGAUCAGCUUCCUGUUAGUCGGGAAGAUCAGUCCUGCCUGUGACGUUUCUCCACCUCUAUUUGAGAGCUUCCGCGACUUAGAUGUGGGGAGCAUUCCCUGCGUGGAGAGGAGAUCCAGCACCGUCCCUGCCAGAGGUGCUCUGGUCCGUCAUGCCAAGGGCCUGAAACAGGAUACCUUCAAAAUUUGUAAAGAAUACCUGAGACCACUGAAGAAGUUCCUGCGAAAGUUGAACCUGCCCAAGGACCUUUCCCAGAAGAAGCGGAUAAAAUACACAAAGCAGAGCCUUGAGGCCCUCGGGGACCACAUCAACACCUUCCUGCAUCAUUACUGCCGAGCCUGGGAGACCAAGCACUGGAAAAAGAUGCUCUGGCGGUUUGUCUCCCUCUUCUCAGAACUGGAAUCCAAGCAGCUUCGCCGGCUUUAUAAAUACACCAAAACCAACCAGACAGCCAAGUUCCUG